AUGAGCUCCAGAAAUCUUGUGCAUUACUGCGUUUUGGUUUCCCAGCAGUUCAGAUCAAACUAGUUUGAAGGAUCGUGUAUAAAAAUCACAAUCACCUCCGGAUAAAGAAGUCAAGCAAACAAGCGUUGGAUAACAGAAGGAAAGAUCACCGGCGCAGUGCGUGUUGUAAGCGAAGACGAUGAAGAGGAUAUCAACUCAAUUUUAGCAUCACUGCAAAAGUGCACAAACCCAUCGGGAUGCUUUUACAAUCACAGUUUAUCACAUUCCUCAGUGUUUCUAAUGGAGAAUGAGACGUCAGCACCCUCGGGCUAUGUACCGCACUAUCUUCUUCUAGGGGAUCCCUUUGCCUCCAAGCUUUCCAAGGAAGCGGACAUAGUGGCUGCAUUCUACAUCCUCGUCAUUGGUAUCUUGUCAGCCACUGGAAAUGGUUACGUCAUCUAUAAGACCAUCAAACGGAAGACCAAGUUAAAGCCGCCAGAGUUCAUGACACUGAAUCUCGCUUUGUUCGACUUUGGCAUAUCAGUCACUGGAAAGCCAUUUUUUGUGGUGUCCAGUUUUUCUCACCGCUGGCUCUUCGGCUGGGAAGGCUGCCGCUUCUACGGCUGGGCUGGCUUUUUCUUUGGAUGUGGAAGUCUCAUCACAAUGACGAUCGUCAGCUUAGACCGCUACUUGAAAAUCUGUCAUUUAAGAUAUGGUACAUGGUUCAAGCGCCGCCACGCUAUUCUCUAUGUGGUGUUCACUUGGAUCUACGCCAUAUUCUGGGCCACCAUGCCUCUGGUGGGCUGGGGGAAUUAUGCACCCGAGCCGUUUGGCACCUCCUGCACUUUGGAUUGGUGGCUGGCCCAGGCCUCUGUGUCCGGUCAGAGCUUUGUUAUGUGCAUGCUUAUCUUCUGUCUGGUCCUCCCCACUGGAAUUAUCGUCUUUUCUUACAUCAUGAUCAUCUUCAAAGUGAAGUCCUCGGCUAAAGAAGUCUCUCAUUUUGACACGCGGAAUAAGCACAACCACAACCUGGAGAUGAAAUUGACUAAGGUGGCAAUGUUGAUCUGUGCAGGAUUUUUAAUAGCUUGGAUCCCUUAUGCUGUAGUAUCGGUGAUAUCUGCUUUUGGAGAACCUGAUUCUGUGCCUAUUUCAGUCUCGGUUGUACCGACUCUGCUGGCAAAGUCCUCCGCCGUGUACAAUCCAAUCAUCUAUCAAGUCAUAGACUGCAAGAAGAACUGCACAAAUUCUGCCUGCUUUCAAUCUUGGAAUAAAAAAAGGAAACAAUACCGGACCCCAAGGCUUUACUCCAUCACUGCAUCCCUGAAGGAGAGGGCACUCCAUGAAGUUCAGAUUGAAACAUGAGGAGAUGAUCCACAACAGACCUGUGAUAGGUCACUGGGCACAUUCAUUAACAUUCUUCCAUUUACACACAUGCACGGCACUGCUGAACUCUGCGAAACAGUGUGUAUAGAAAAAUUAAGAGAUAAAGAUGUGUAUUUUUAUAAUUCUAUGGUUAUUUGUAUUGUCUCUAAAGCACUUCACAGAAACGUUCACAUAUUAACAGCACCACAAAUCAACAGAGGAUCUGCUUUACAUGGCUUAUGUCACAUCACAAAUCGUUAGUUGCACAAGAUGGCGCCGGUGAGCUUUUGAGAUGCCAGGGUCGGCAGUCGUAUAACAUUGUAUGAAAAAAAGGAGGGAUUUGGGGGUUGCAAAUAUGGAUGUUUUUAGGUAAAAAAGUAUAAAUAUAUCAGC